AUGGAUUCCGACCCGUUUGGUUCUACCGACAGUUUCCAUUACCUGACGGUUACUUGUACUCUGUUUUGCUGAUGCUGAUAAGGAGAGCUACAAUGUCCGCUGAUUUCACGGUGAGGGACAGUUACACCUGAGCUUUUACAAUGGAAAAAUCUGUCGUCGGCAAAGUCGAGGACAUUUACACACUUUGCUUAGUGCCUGGUUGAUCUUUUAAGACGGGUCAAUAGGUUAAUGGGGGCCUGGCACGCAACAUAGUCUAAGACCAUAAUAAAGAGAAAUGGGGUGAGGAUGUCCACUUGACGAACACCGGUGGUUACUUCAAAGCCUUCAGACAAAUGGCCAUCAACUAACACGGAACCUUUGGAAUCGUCAUAAAGGACUCUGAUUGCACUGAAAAUCUUGGUGGUAAUGAUACAGUCUUUAAAGGUGGCCACUAAUGGUAAUUGUUUUGCCUGAAAGCCUUGUAAAUUACGCGUUAGGGUAUGCAUCUGUUGUGUGCAGCCGCGCCCACGUCUAAAACCGGCUUAAUUGGGCCUUAGGAUUAGACCGCUAUAAAGGGUUAAAUUCUAUCUAGUAGGAUCUUAUCGUAGACCUUAGCGUAGAUGAACAGCAAGGUUAUCGUUCGAUAAUCGUAUUCGAGCUCUAUACUAUUUUAGGCUCUACAGUUCCUAAGCGAGUUAGUCCACUUGCCAUUGACCAGGAUAUGGUCAAGUUACACGUGAGAGCCCAAUGGGUGGGUCCAGGUCGACUGCCUAGUCCUUGGGCGGGGAAACCUGGAUUACGCGUGUCGAAGGUUAGUUGCAAGGUUAAAGCUGAAACGUCUCUAUCCGUUGUUUUUGGUAGUGUCGUGUAGUAGGCGGGGGCCCACUGCUCUUGAAGCUUCUUUGUGACUGUCUUGGGCGAUUUUUGUGUUGAGCUGUCCGCCAACAAGAUGAAUGUCGUGACACUUGAUGUUGUCGGAUGUAUGGGCGUUGAGCAGGUUGUAGAAUUUUUUCCUUUUCGUCCAUGUUGGCCGUCUCUGUUGAAGUAUAGUGUAAUAAGUCUUGGGCUGUCAUUGAAAGCUGGUGGGAGUUGCCUGACUGGUAUAAGGUCCUCAGAUUGCAGUCUGAUGUGAUAAUUGGAUUCCUAUGAGAGAUUCGGUCUCUGUGAGCCGCAGCGUAUCUCUCGGUUUCCCAUUGCUGCUUCAUGUAGUCAGAGGAAUGACAGUGAUCACUUCCCUUGGCCGAGUAACUGAGAUUUCUUAGAGAUUUCGGAAACGUAAAGUUGCAGACGGCUUCGCCCCCUGUCUGCGGCAAUACUUGGAUGAUUGGUCCUAAGCAUGCUGUUUGCCGGGGUGGAGUACUAUGCAAACCAUAGUUGGUGUAUGGUGUCUCUUGCAUGUUGGCCGUUGGUUCCUGUACGAGCUCAUCCGCCCUUUAACAGGUCUUGUUUUUAGUCCUGCGGGGUUGGAUACCAUCCUCCUCCUAGACGCCGACUACCCUUCCAUGCGGCAGGUGGUAAUAGGUUACAAUGUUACUAGUAGCAGGGUUACCCUGACCUGACCAGGGGUCUUGACUCAGUGAUCAGGAACAGUCAACAAUAGUUCUUUGGUUGAGUAAUAAGCCACUUCGUGUAGUAAAGUGUAUGAAAACCAAAGAUAAAAUAUACUUGUCUAAUAAUCCAAUUUGAAUUUUGGUGAAUCUCGUAAUACAGCUUUUUUGAUUUUGCUUCGACAAUUGAAGGUGAAGGUUUUCCUUAUCUUAUCAUGGCUUAUUAUAAGCAUACCAUUUUACAAGUGUUUUCUGCGUCAGCACAAACAUCCCUUAGUAUUUUCGUGCUAAAUACAUUCAUUUGACACUUAACGCAAAAGCUCCUCAUCAUCUCCAUGCCAUCUAACGCCUCGAUAAACGUGUAAUUUCCUCAGAAAGGGCUACAAUAAUUAAUGUGUAAAACUUAUUGACUCAGGCUGAGUGUGAUGUGUAGAAAAUUGAGGGUGGAGGAGGGUUGAAUGCACCAUUGGAUGCA